CACUCGGAACGUAUCGUCUCGUGUGGUGGUGUAAACGGAUACCUUGGGUUGUUGCAUUUGUGUUCCAUUGGCGGGACAGGACUGAGCUUCUUCCUAGCUGCUUUUCGCCGCUUAUACGCUGCUGGAACGUUGACUUCAAAGCGUCGUUUAUUAGUUCUGUAUUAUGGCUCUAGGGUUUCCUUAAGCAUCGAUCAUAUUCUCAAGAGCACAGGUUGGUUUGCGCUUAUUUCGAUUCCCUACGGGAGCACUGAACACCGGAGAACCGCGGAUUAUGAAUGCCUACUCCCACGUCACGACCCGGACAAUCUAAUCUUAGCAUUAAAAAACCAGAUUUUUCAAUGCUUUCUUCUUCGAAUUGCUCCCGGUAACUGGUUUUUGGAGCUUUUCACAUUGUCAGGGUCUCACACCAGCUCGUUGGGAAAUCCCACGAAUAACGUUGGAAGGAGUUUCUAUCGGUUUUGCACUGGAAACUCACCUCACCUCACUGGAAACGCUCAUGUUGACGUGUCCGGCACGUCUUCGCGAGAGAUUCUUACACGGGGGCAGUACCACACACCACACGAUACACGACGCUCGGUGACGAAUAGGUUACACGCCGCCUUACCCGGCAUGUCGUCUACUGGCACGUACUGAAGACACUUCUUUGAUGGUAUAAUCUCCACCAAAGGCUCCACCAGUAUUUAAUUAAGCCCCAAAAACAUUACCAGAUAUCACAAUUGUUGGUUUCAUUUCGGCAUCCUCUCCCCCCGAUAAGCAGCAUCGACUAAAGUUCAACAGGUGCACAUGCACUUUUGCGGUGGUAUCGAUUUUUGCCCGCUGCAUAUCUGUUUUGACGCAUUAUCGGCAACGAACAACGGCGCAGUGGCAGCAAACAAAACGCUACAUAUCGGUAGCAAUUGUUCUUUCUUGCUUGUGCUCUACAAUCACCAACCAACCGUCGUUGCCGUUUUAAAACAGAACGAUACGGCUUAACUCAAUCACCCGAGUUCGAACGAAAUCCCGUUGAUAAGACCAACGCGAUCCAAUCCGAGAGCGUGAGUGAGAAAAAAAGGGUCCAUUAGAUAACCCGCGUGUGCUGGCUGCGACCGGGUGGCAAAUUUUACAUAACCUUUCACCCACCCGACCACAAUGUGUGGUGGUGCAUGCUGCAGUUUCCGCAUGUUGGCGUAGGUCGACACAGAAACGGGACCGAUCUUGCCGCAGACAGCACGCAACAUGGACAACGCAAGUGGUACGAUCUCCGCCGGACUGGGCAGUACAUUGAUUGUUCCGAACUGGUUCGGAUGGAUGCAUAAUUUAUCGCUCCCCCUGCUGGUGGUGUUUGCUCUGCCCUGGAUGUACGUGCUAUUGAUUUUAUCGUCCGUACCGUACCUGCAUCUGUGCAAUUUUCUCAGAGCAAAGUUUUGGCAGAAUAGCGAUGAGGAUGAAUUUUGGAAGGCGGCCCGAAAGAUAAUGGCGUUCGUUUGGAAUCUUCACAGCAGAAUAUUUCAUGGAUAUGAAGUGAUUGGGCUGGAGAACCUACCGGAAACCGGGCCCGCCCUGCUGAUCUACUAUCACGGUGCGUUGCCCAUCGACAUGUACUAUCUCGCGGCCGAAAUGAUGCUGAAACGUGACCGUCUGAUCCACUCGGUUGGCGAUCGGUUUCUGGACCACAUUCCCGGCUGGCGGCUGGUAUCGCGCGUGAUGCGCGUUACCUCCGGCUCGGUCCAGUCAUGCGUGGCAACGUUGCGUGCCGGCGAGCUGCUGUCGAUUGCACCGGGCGGUGUGUACGAAGCGCAGUUCGGCGAUAGUGCGUACGAGGUGCUGUGGAAGAAUCGUACCGGGUUCGCACGUGUGGCGCUGGAAGCGAAGGUGCCCAUCGUACCCAUGUUUACGGUUAACAUACGCGAAUGCUUCCGCACGGUGUCGGUGGCCAGAUGGGUGUUUGUGCGCAUCUACAACGUGCUGAAAAUACCCGUCCUGCCCAUUUACGGCGGUUUCCCGGUGAAGUUGCGCACCGUGCUUGGUAAACCGAUACCGUACGACGAGUCGCUGAGUCCGGCCGCGCUGCAGGAGCGGGUGGCCGGUGCUAUUGCGGAGCUGAUUCGCGAGCAUCAGCGUGUACCGGGCGAAAUAUUGCACGCGAUCGGCGAUCGGCUUGAAACGGGGGGCCACGUGCACGGUGAAAAGGAUGCGAAAUUGUAAUUCAUAUUGAUUGGAGUGAUUGUGAUUUGAACGAGCGGUACUGCUUGCUUGAUAUUUUAUCUGUCGAAUAAAAAGAGAUUUUUUGAUAACUUGUAA